AUGGCACACCCUUUCCUUGACGCGGACAUCGCUGACCUCGUACAGAAACUCAGAAUCGAUGAAAAAAUCUCUCUGUUAGGUGCUCCCAAUUGGUGGAACACCACCGCUAUUGAGCGGUUGAAGAUUCCCCCUGUUCGCAUGAGCGACGGACCUAACGGUGUUCGAGGAUCUUCUCAUUUCGUCGCUAUACCUGCACAAUGUCUUCCGUGCUCGACUUCCCUUGCCGCCACCUUUGACACUGAGCUAAUAUAUGAUGCCGGGAUCUUUCUGGCACAGGAGGCUAAAAUCAAGUCAUCUGUUAUUUUACUCGCGCCGACCUGCAAUAUUCAGCGCUCACCGCUUGGCGGGAGAGCGUUCGAAUCCUUUUCUGAGGACCCCCAUCUGUCUGGCAUGAUGGCUUCCGCCUACGUCAAUGGACUGCAAUCAGAAGGAGUUGCUGCAACUAUCAAACAUUUUGUUGCUAAUGACCAGGAGCACGAGAGAACCGCUGCAGACUCAGUCAUGUCAGAUAGAGCCUUGCGAGAAAUCUAUCUAUAUCCGUUCAUGUUGGCACAAAAACAUGCUCAACCAUGGGCCUAUAUGACUUCAUACGGUCGUGUCAGAGGAUUGCAUUGUUCUGAAAAUCGACAGCUGUUGCAAGGAAUUCUCCGAAAUGAAUGGGAUUUUGAUGGAAUCGUUAUCAGUGACUGGUUUGGCACUUACGGCGUCGACGAAGCAAUCAAUGCUGGGCUGGAUCUCGAAAUGCCCGGCCCACCUCGCUGGAGAACUCAACCGUUGGUUUCGCACUGCUUGACGUCUCAGAAAGUACUGCCUCGCGUGAUAGACGAGCGCGUCACUACUCUUCUUCGUUUUGUGCAGCACCAGGCUCGUAGGAAUCCAGAUGUUGUCUAUGGUGAUGGGAAGGAGCGGAGUCGAGACUCUCCUGAAGCACGAACAUUCUGUCGGAAGCUUGCUGCUGAUGGCAUCGUUCUUCUCAAGAAUCAGGGUCAUCUCCUUCCCCUCUCCGCAGAAAAUGUGAAGCACCUGGCCAUUAUAGGCCCUAACGCCAAAAGCAGUGUCAUUUCAGGAGGCGGGUCCGCUCAGCUGAAAGCUACCUAUGUGGUGACUCCGUAUGCUGGCAUUACAGCGGGUGCCCCCAGCGAUGUGGUCGUCGACUACGAAGUCGGUUGUUACGCUCACAAAUACUUGCCCACACUGGAAGCCAACUUGGAAACGUCGACCAGCGAAUCGGGCUGGCUUUGCACGUUUUAUAGCUGCGACGAACAAGGAAAACUUACGGAGCCCAUAGCAGACUUUAUCCUACGUGAUACACGAGUGAAGCUGAACGACUUUCUACCUGCUGGGCUCUCGUCGACUUGGAUGAUCAAAUUGACCGGAAAGUUGACUAUGGACAAGACGGGUCCUUAUGACCUUGGUUUGACUGUCGCAGGGCGUGCCAAGCUCUGGGUGAAUGGCAAGUUGGCGAUCGAUAACUGGACAAAACAGACACCCGGAGAUUUCUUCUACGGGCAAGGGACUAUUGAAGAGAAAGCAACGUUAGAUUUUGAGGCCGGUGUUGGCGUUGACAUUCUUGUGGAGUAUAUUAAUACAUCUCCGCCAAAAAAUGGCGAUGAAGAGGACGAUAUGAGAAGUUCUCAGCCAGCAUUGAUGCGCGGUGUUCGUCUUGGCGGUUGUGAAAGGAUUGACCCUGACAAGGCCAUUGAUUCUGCUGUAUCGUUGGCUUCCAAGGUCGAUGCUGUGGUCUUCUUCGGUGGUCUAACACCCGAAUGGGAAAGCGAAGGCUUUGACCGACCUACACUGCAGCUUCCCGGAAGACAAGAUGAAAUCAUCACUCGUAUUGCGGAGGUAAAUCCCAAUGUCAUUGUCUGUAUUCAAGCGGGCUCUGCUGUUUCUAUGCCCUGGGCUGAUAAGGUAGGAGGAUUGCUUCAGUCAUGGUACUCAGGCAAUGAAGCAGGUAAUGCCAUUGCCGACAUUGUUUUCGGGAAAGUGAAUCCGAGUGGCCGAUUACCCCUCACGUUACCUGUUCGUCUGGAAGAUGUUCCAUCGUUCUUGAACCGGCACAGUGAAUAUGGAAAGAUCCAUUAUAGGGAGGAUCUGUUUGUUGGAUACAAGCACUACCAGGCCGUCGGUAUACAAGCGCAGUUUCCAUUUGGCUUUGGACUCUCCUACACAGAAUUUUCAAUGUCGAAUUUGUCGCUGUCCGCAGCCACCGACGUGGAUGUCAAGGUUUCUGUUGACGUGAAAAACGUAGGAAACAAGGCGGGAUCGCAAGUUGUACAGCUUUAUGUGUCGUAUCCAGACAUUGGUAUUACGCAGCCUCCAUUUCAAUUACGGGGCUUUGCGAAGGCCCGGAAUAUACUACCAGGAUCAACAAGGACGGUCCAAAUUUCUCUUAACAAGUACGCGUUUUCCUUCUGGGAUCCUUCUGUCAAUUCCUGGCGCGUUUCCGUUGGAAAGUACGGCUUGCACGUCGGGUCCAGCAGUGAACAGUUGGAUUUUAAGGUGAUAGUGACAGUGAAGAAGGGCUUUUUGUGGAAUGGAUUGUGAUGCAGUCAGUAUGUACACUGAACAAAAAAGGAAAUUCAG